AUGCAGCCAAUCACCCUAUACUCUCAUCACCGUGGCCCAAACCCCUGGAAGGUUGCUAUCAUCUUCGAGGAACUGAACAUCCCGUACGAAACACGGCAUAUUGACUUUUCCGAAGUUAAGAAAGAUCCCUACCUCAAGCUCAACCCAAACGGCCGUCUUCCCACCAUUGAUGACCCCAACACCGGCCUCCAAAUCUGGGAGUCAGGAGCAAUUGUUGAAUAUCUCAUUGAGACAUACGACAAAGACCAUCGUCUCAGCUACAACACUUUCCCUGAGCAGUGGCAGUUGAAACAAUGGCUCUUCUUCCAAGUCUCAGGUCAGGCACCAUACUACGGCCAGGCUGCGUGGUUCAUUCGAGCCCAUCCGGAGAAAGUCCAAAGCGUCAUUGAUCGAUACGUCAGCGAGAUCCACAGAGUUACCGGAGUGCUCGAAUCAGUGUUGGAAACUCGAGAAUGGCUGGUCGGCGACAAGUGUACAUACGCUGAUCUGUCCUUCGUUGCAUGGCAGCGGUGGGCCCCUCGCUAUGGAGGCGAAGAUAUCUAUGACAAGUUCCCUCACGUGGGUGCGUGGAUGGAGAGGAUGAAGGCCAGGCCCUCGGUUCAAAAAGUUCUUGCCGACCAGGAUCGUGCUAUUGUGGAAAUCGAGGGGAACUGA